GGGUUUGACGUGACUUAUUGGCCAGUCUCUUCGUUAUAUGAUGGCGUCCCUGCUUCUUGGGCUCCGGUCUCUAGCACUGUCUGGGCCACGCUGGAUUCCAGUCCGAGGGAAAAAGCGCUGGUUGCGACCGUAUCUUCGGGCCUUGGAGAAAAAACUGGAACUGGCCGGGCCCCCGAAGCCGAUUCCAAGGUCUCAGCAGCCAAAUUUUGACUAUCAUGCAGAGGUACUGGCUUUCUCCCAGCGCUUAAAUGAGAGUUUCUCGAUGCAACUGCUAAAGACUGCAUUUGUGAAUAAGACCUACGUGAUGCAGGAAGAGCAGCAGCGGCAGGAGCUGGGCCUUGACAAGGAGACGGCCAUGUUGAACCUGCAGGAUAAUGAGCAGCUUGCUGGUGUGGGCUCUGAGUUCACUGCUUCAUAUGUGCAGAAAACUCUGGAGAAGGCCUUCCCCAACCUGCCUCCUGAUGGCAUCAAAUCUCUAGUUGAUCACCUUACUAGCCAGGAGGUUGUAUGCCAUGUUGCUCAGAAUCUUGCAGUGGAAGACUUGACGCUCAGCUCUGAGUGUCCUUUGGACCCGCUAACUAUUCACAGAACCUUUUUUGCUAUUACCGGCGCUUUGCUGCAGAGCAGUGGCACACAGAGAGCUGGUUUGUUUAUCAGGGAUUUUUUAAUCACACAGUUGAUUGGAAAGGACCUCUUCGAUAUAUGGUUAAUUGCAGAUCCUAUGUCUUUGCUGGUGCAAGAGCUGUCCCAUAGAAACCUUCCUCUUCCUGAACCCAGGAUGACUAGGGAAUGUGGAGCUGCUACUGUUCUGCCUGUGUAUUUUGUUGGAUUAUACUGCAAUAAAGAACUGAUUGCAGAGGGUCCUGGUGAGUCUGUCUCUGCCGCAGAAGAGGAGGCUGCUCGCGUGGCUCUGAGAAAGAUGUUUGGAUUUACAGAAAACAGGAGGCCAUGGAAUUAUUCUUCAACCUCUCAGGAGAUUAUAGAACAAAAAGCCAUACACAGUAGCUAGAGCCUACCUUACACUCCCUUUUCUGGCAAAUAUGGAAAAUGCGUUAUUUUUUGAAGUUUUUGACUUCAGUUUUAGACUGGAAACCGUGCCCAGUAAAACUGCCUGUGCUUUUCAUCAUGGAAAAUGUUCAAAAAAGGUGUUGAGCUGAUUUGGCUGAUAUUUUGCCAUUUCCUUGUCUCCCCAACAGGAAUGUUGUAACCAGUAGCAAUCUUCUUUGCUUCAUUUUGUUCUUAUUUUACCACUGAUAGGAAACAAAUAAAUAUACUUAUAACAAACUGUCAAUUCUUGCGCAUGUGUAAAGCUGUGGUACAACAAACAGGUUCUGCUGUUUUGCUCUGAUUUAAGCUGGCCAUACAUAAUGAGAUCCAUGCAUUUGGCAAUGUCACUACCCAAUUUGGCCACCCAUACUUUGAUCCAAUUUUCCACUGGAGGGGUUAACAGGCAGAUCAUAAAGAGGGGCUUAUGAAGACCCUGAAAGGGAUUCUGUCAUGAUUUUUAUGGUGUAGUUUUUAUUUCUAAAUUACACUGCAAAUAAUUCACUCUACAA